GACAGCCAAUGAGAAGCGCCGCUGGCUUCCUAGCGUUUGAUUGACGUUGGCUUGACCAAUAACAACUGGAUGUUGUCAGUCAGGGGGCGGGGUUAAUGUCAGUCUCUCAGGACGAGGAUCGAUUUGCCCGUGCGGUUGAGGGGAGGGGGGGGAUAGACGCGAAAGAGAAAAUGGCGGCCGCUGCUGGUGCGCCUGGUUCGGGGGAGGGAGGAGAAGCCGAGCCAGACAGCGAGCCGAUUUCUGGAGAUGAUAGGCCGCGCCACGAGCAGACUGAGGCCCCGGCGCUGCACGGCCCUACAGCAGAGGAGCCUGGCUAUGAAAAGGCCUUGGAUACGGAGGAGGCCGGGCAUGGAGAGACGGGGCUGCGGCUAGCUGAGCCCGAGGAGCUGCCGGAGUGUAUAGGGCCUGAGGUAACUCACUGGGAAAGUGAAGAGCAGGAGACCCCGGCCGACCUGCAGGUCUUACCUGAGGCCCUGAGGGACAUGGAGGCCCAGGGUGUGGUGGACACUGGACAUGAAGCAAUGGAGGUAGUAGAGGAACCUAUGCAACUGGGGGAAGACUAUCAUUGCCCUCCUGCACCCUGGCAUGGUGGAGAUGCCCUCGAAACCAUGGUGCUGGAAGAGACCAAUGACAGCGAAGGGCCCCCCUUUACGGCAGAGCAUCCCUAUAUGACGUGUGUACCCUCCCCCCAGCCUCAGGUCACCUCCAAUCCAGUACAUCUAGCUUCUGAGCCGGUCUUGGUUGUGGCCCCGGAGGUCCAGAUCCUGCAAGAAUCGGAGAUCGCAUUAAUAGAGGAUUCAACCCUACUCGAAGCCCCCCAUGUGCCGGAGACGGACUCCCAGCUAAUGCAAGUUUUUGCCCCUCUUGAGCUAGAGGGGUCACCGUGUACCACUAUAGAGGAGGUCGGUGCACCCCCAAGGGUGGAGACUCCUGAUGUCGUCUUACAGGUUCAAGAGUCUUCGUCAGAAGAUCAGAUCACUCCAUUGCCCAAUGAGGAGCAAGAACUGGCCACGUCCCUGUCUGAGGUGGCCACGUCCCUGUCUGAGGUGGCCACGUCCCUGCCUGAGGUGGCCACGUCCCUGUCUGAGGUGGCCACGUCCCUGCCUGAGGUGGCCACGUCCCUGCCUGAGGUGGUGUUAAACUUAUGGGAGGAAAUCCCAUGUACUUUAGAUGAAGAAACCAUUGUAGAGACGCAAGGCAUCUCCAGAUCUGCCCAGAUUGUGGCCGAUUUAGUCCAAGAAUUUUGCACAGAAGUCUCUGACCUGCCACAAAUCAAUGACAGUAAAUGUGGCCCUGAACCAUUUCCUCUACAAGAUGAUGAUAAAGAGGAACAAAUCGGUGGCAUGGAGGUUGUAGAAGAUGCCAAGGCCCAUCCGGAAUCCAUGCAAUGUACGGAGGUGGAAGUGGAAGUUUUCUUGCAAGAUUCGGACAGAGGGCAUCAUUCGGACGGCUCUGCGCUGUUGAUGGCAUCUGAUUCGCUGGAGGAUGCCGCCGCCACCACCACCACGUCUCUAAUUGACAGCGGGAUCAGCUCUGAACUGACGUCCGCGGAAAAAGAGCUGGACUCUCAAUCCAGUCAUAUGGAAACAGAGCCGAGCGUGGACAGUAGCUCUGACUGUACAAAGCUGGUGUCUUAUUGCCAAGACGUGGAAUACGAUCCUUUUUAUAGGGACACUAAAAUGGACGACUCUUCUAACUCUGAGGCCAACGUGGUGGGAGAGGAAGAGUGCCAGGUGUCAGUGGCAUCGGUUGAUGUUGUACAGACUACAGACGCUGCGGAGGAGCCUGUGCUUCUUCCUUCCCCUAAGGCAGAAGCGGACACGUGUAUGGACAAUCCCGAUCCUCUGUCUGAUGUGGAGAGACUCGUUGCUGGUGGAAUUGAUGAUUUGGUCCCUGGUUCUGAAGUUCAGGUUACACUCGAUCACAUCAUUCAGGACGCAUUGGUGGUUUCCUUCCGCCACGGAGACAGAAUCUUCUCAGGGGUUCUAAUGGAUCUGUCAAAAAGGUUUGGACCUCAUGGAAUCCCUGUAACCGUUCACCCUAAGCGAGAGUAUAAAAACAAACCUGAGGAACCCAUUCAGCCUCAAAGCACAUCAUUCCAAGAAGAAUCUCCAGUGAACAAUGAGAACGGAACCGGCCCCAUGGAUGUAGUGAGCCCCAUCCAGUCCCCCGAGCCCUGUGGAGUUAAUAACCUGUGGACUUCAAAGCCGCCUCCUCUCUUUCAUGAAGGAGCUCCAUACCCUCCUCCUUUGUUUAUCAGGGACACCUAUAACCAGUCAAUACCUCAACCCCCUCCACGGAAAAUCAAAAGACUUAAAAAGAAAAUAUACAGGGAAGAACCCACUUCGAUCAUGAACGCUAUCAAGCUACGGCCCAGGCAGGUUUUGUGUGAUAAGUGUAAAAAUGUUGUGGCGGAUAAGAGGGAGGUCAGGAAGACUGGUACUGACUCUUUUAAGCUAGAAGAUGGAAAGAGGAGGCGGCAUGAAAGUGUAACUACUGUGAAUAAGAAACUUAAAACUGAUCAUAAAGUAAAUGGGAAAAGCCAGAGCGAGGGUCAGAAAAAGAAUCCAGUGUCCAAGGUGUCCACCCUCGCCCAUGGGCGAGGUAAAGUGGUGAAGGUGGCUUCUCAGACGAACGCCUCGAAAGCUCACCUACACACGAAGAAGGUGCUACAGAGUAAGAACAUGGAUCACGCGAAGGCUCGGGAAGUAUUAAAAAUGGCCAAAGAGAAGGCACAGAAAAAACAAAAAGAUACAUCCUCCUCUAAAAACGCUCACAGUAAAGUCCACUUUACGAGACGCCUUCAGAACACAACCUCAGGGACCCUUCCGCCGAGACUACGCAUUAAACCUCAAAGGUACCGCAACGAGGAGAACGACUCUUCGCUCAAGAUCGGACUUGAGAGCUUGCGCAGCAGUAAGAUUGGUAUCAAGCCUCAGACUCGCUACACUGCCACCCGUUCAGCAGGUGAGGCACCCUCAGAAAUAAAGACCCCUCCCAAUGGCCCCGAAGAGGUCAGCAGUGCUAUUGAGAACGCCAGUGUCUGUGUACCGCCCGGAGAGCAGGAUGAGCAGCAAGCUCUGAGCAAGCGAGGCAGCAAAAGCAAUAUCACAGUUUACAUGACCUUAAAUCAAAAGAAAGCAGACUCUUCCAGCGCAUCAGUGUGUAGUAGUGAUAGUACAGAUGACCUGAAAUCCACCCAUUCUGAGUGUAGUUCUACUGAAAACUUUGAUUUCCCCCCAGGCAGCAUGCAUGCACCUUCUUCUUCAUCAUCAUCCUCCUCCUCUUCCAAAGAAGAGAAAAAGCUGAGCAAUUCCUUGAAAAUAAAGGUGUUUUCGAAAAAUGUCUCUAAGUGCGUGACCCCCGAUGGCAGGACCAUAUGUGUUGGGGACAUUGUUUGGGCCAAGAUAUAUGGCUUUCCAUGGUGGCCCGCCCGUAUCCUAAACAUAACUGUCAGCCGAAAAGAUAACGGCCUGCUUGUCCGGCAGGAGGCAAGCAUAUCAUGGUUUGGGUCCCCAACAACGUCCUUCCUUGCUUUGUCGCAGUUGUCCCCCUUUUUAGAAAACUUCCAGUCCCGAUUUAACAAGAAGAGAAAGGGUCUUUAUCGCAAGGCCAUCACAGAGGCAGCCAAGGCUGCCAAGCAGCUCACCCCAGAAGUGCGAGCCCUCCUGACCCAGUUCGAAACGUGAUCCCGCCCACAUGUAAGGUAGGCAAGAUUAGAGGUUGUACGUCAUAAGUUUCUUUUUCCUAGCUUAGUCACAACCGUUAAAGGGGUACUCCGCUGCUCAGCGUUUGGAACAAACUGUUCUGAACACUGGAGCCUGCGCUGGGAGCUCGUGACCUCAUAGCCCCACCCCCUCAUGACGUCACACCCCGCCCCCUCAAUGCAAGUCUAUGGGAGGGGGUGUGACGUCGUCACGCCCCCUCCCAUAGACUUGCAUUGAGGUGGUGGGGCGGGAUGACUGUCACGCCCCCUCCCAUAGAGUUGCAUUCAGGGGGUGGGGUGUGACAACUGUCACGCCCCCUCCCAUAGAGUUGCUUUGAGGGGGUAGGGCAUGAUGACUGUCACGCCCCCUCCCAUAGAGUUGCAUUGAGGGGGUGGGGCGGGAUGACUGUCACGCCCCUCUCAUAGACUUGCAUUGAGGGGGUGGGGCGUGACGACUGUCACACCCCCUCCCAUAGACUUGCAUUGAGGGGGUGGGGUGUGACUACUGUCACGCCCCCUCCCAUAGACUUGCAUAGAGGGAGCGGGGCUAUGACGUCACGAGUCCCCGGCGUCGGCUCCAACUUUCAGAACAGUUUGUUCCAAUACGCUGAGCAGCGGAGUACCCCUUUAAGUAUUUUAGGAUUUUUUUUUUUUUUUUCCCCUUCAGGCUGGAAAGGGCCUUAGGCCUGUUUUUGUAACUGGGUUUUCUAGGACUUUUAACGUAUGGCCUGUUGAACGGGGCUGAGCUGCAGUACCAUGCAUGGCCACAUACGACUGUACGGCGCUGUAGCUGGGGGGGGGGAAAAAAAAAGUAAAUUAUAGAUCAUUCAUCAUGUAAAAAUCCCGGACUUAGCAUUUCACUUCAUCGAAGACUAAAUAUUUAAUAAUUCUAUAAAGACAGAAACAGGCCCCCUAAAAAAAAAAAAAAAGCCCCUAAAACUAUUCGGGCUCACCUGCUGUCUAUAAAGCCCCAGUGAUAGUGAAUCAGCAUGUGAAGAGGAGAUGGGGGGGGAGGGGGGAUGUACAUAGAUUUAUUGUAAAACCUAAAAGGUGGAUUUUUUUUUUCUGUAUUUUUUUUAUUAUUUAAUCUUCCAGGAAGUCUAGAUGAAAUAAAUUUAAGACAAAUGUUGCCAUCACGAUAUCCUAAUAAACAUCAUAUAUAUAUAUACAAAC